AUGGCUGGUGAAUCAUGGAAGGUGCCGACUCCAGUGAAAGACCUGGUCACCCUCGUGGAGGAGCCGCCGAGCCAGUUCGUGCAGCGGGAGGAGGACCGCCCUGGCAGCCUGACGGUCGCAGCUGACAUGCCGGAUCCCCUGCCUAUCGUCGACCUCGACAAGCUAUCGACCGCCGACGAGGCCGCCAAGCUCCGCUCCGCGCUACAAACCUGGGGGCUUUUCUUGGCUACCAACCAUGGCAUAGACGCUUCUCUAAUAGAGGAUCUGAUGAAGGCGUCACGAGAGUUUUUCAACCAGCCGCUCCAGGAGAGGCAGAAAUACAGCAACAUGAGGGAAGGCACGCGCUUCCAGCUGGAAGGGUACGGCAGUGAUCCGGUGAUAGCGCAUGAUCAUAUCCUUGACUGGAGCGAUCGCCUGCAACUAAAGGUGGAGCCUAAAGACGAAAGAAACCUUGCUCAAUGGCCCAAACAUCCUGAAUCCUUCAGGGAUGUUCUGCUCGAGUAUGCAUCAGAAACCAAGAGAAUAAGGGACACCGUCCUGCAAGCAAUGGCCAGGAUCUUUGAGCUUGAUGAGGACUAUUUCAUCAGCCAGAUGGGUGACAGGGUUCCGGCACACGCCAGAUUCAACUACUACCCUCCCUGUCCAAGGCCAGAGCUCGUCUUGGGUAUCAAGCCCAACUCCGACCCCGGCGCUCUCACUGUUCUUCUCGUCGACAAAGACGUCGUCGGGCUGCAGGUUCUGCGGGAUGGCAUGUGGUACAGUGUCCCAUCCGCCCGACACUCCUUGCUCAUCAACUUGGGAGACUCCAUGGAGAUAAUGAACAACGGGAUCUUCAAGAGCCCCGUGCACAGGGUCGUCACCACUCACCAACAGAGAAAGAGAGGAUGUCACUGGCCAUUUUCUACGCCGUUGAUGGUGAGAAAAUGCUUGAGCCGGCGGCUGGUUUAG